UGUGUGUGUAGCGUAGAGGAGAACGGAGGUCGGAGGACACAAAUUGAACGCAAUCGACACUCGGUGGCUUUGCCGCUCGCGAAUUCCGCAUUCGGCCGUGGACCGUCAGUCAAACGCGCGCUUGUAUCGUUCGCUUCGGUCUUGAUCAAUUCACAACCUACGCCAACAUUGACGCCAUUGGACUAUACAUAAUAUUAUUAUUAAUUCAACUUUUAUUAUGAUAGGUGAAGAGGAACGCGUGCAUCAAUGCAGAGAAUGCGGGUUGAUACUCUCAACACGGAGUGCCUUGACCGCUCACACGCGGUCGCAUCGCGCUGCCGCUGAUGCCCACCGGUGUGACGUGUGUCAUAAAACAUUCGCGGUACCUGCCCGUCUGGUGCGCCACUAUCGCACCCACACUGGCGAGAGACCAUUCGAAUGCGAGUAUUGCCAUAAGAUGUUCAGCGUCAAGGAAAAUCUCCAGGUUCAUCGCCGCAUUCACACAAAGGAGCGACCCUACCGAUGCGGCGUAUGUGGAGCUGCCUUUGAACAUUCCGGAAAAUUACAUCGCCACGCUCGGAUACAUACCGGAGAGCGGCCACAUGCCUGCCCACAUUGCCACAAAACAUUCAUACAGUCAGGGCAAUUGGUCAUUCAUUUACGGACCCAUACAGGUGAAAAACCGUACAGGUGCCCGGCGCCUGGCUGCGGAAAGGGAUUCACGUGUUCGAAACAGUUGAAGGUCCAUUCCCGAACACAUACAGGCGAACGACCCUACACCUGCGAGAUAUGUUUGCGAGACUUCGGGUAUAAUCACGUUCUCAAACUGCACCGCUUCCAGCAUUUCGGUGAGCGCUGCUACCGUUGCACCGUUUGUGACGGAACCUUCAAUACUAAGAAGCAAAUGGAAGCUCAUAUCUAUAAAGAACAUGGCGCCGACUCCUCGCAAGGGCCACAGGCGCCUUUGCCUACGCCUGUCGUGAAUGGCAAUAUAAUGUGUGAUAUUGUUGAAGCAGCUCUGCAGCAACUUCCACCCACACCUCCGUGUUCUCCACCAUCUCCCCAAGCUUCUGCGCCUGCUGCGAUUGAUAUGAAGCCAUCCGUUACAUUAACAUCCCUUUCUCCGACGCCAUCACCUUCGCCGCCAGCGCUUUUAGACUAUCAACAAUACACAUUAGCACCAUCUAGUCUUCCUCCAAGAAAACGAAAGUUUAUUCCUCAUAAUAUAGAAGAUAUUCCUGCGCCAGUUCGCUAUACUUCUGUUAUACAGUUCGCUCCCGCUGCUGCGGAGACAUCAUAGCAAUAUUUAUAGAAUUUUUAAAAUAGCUUAGUUCAAUAAUGCUUACUUUAAUAUUCAAAGGCUGUUUUUGACUGCAUGGUUUUUAGUAUUAGGUGUAAGUUGGAUGGGGGCGUAGAUAACGAUUUUAAGAAGUCCUCCUUUAGCAUAAUACCAUAGUAUAAUGAAUAAUUUAGGAACAUGUCAUAAUAUUUGCUUGUGAAGACUUAUAUCUAUUGUAAUUGCAUUUGUAGAAAAGUAUUUAUUUAUUUUUUAACUUAAUAUACGACGAAUGAUUUGAUAAAAUUACGUAAAAAAAUACAUGUUUUUUUUAAUUCGGAGUAAAGAUAUGUUUGUCGUAAAAACGUUGAAUAUAAAUUCCAAAACGUCAAGGCAUAAUAUUUUCUAUUAUUAGAAUGUACGUAUGUAUCGUUUAGGUGAAUGUAAAUUAUAAGGCUAGUUUUUCUGUAAGUAGGUAUGUCACGUUUGUACAAUUAAAACAUUGCUUAAAAACAU